AAAAAAGCUUCAGUUGUGCGGUUUUAGUAGGGUUUUUGACCUCUUGGCAAUCUUUUGACAAGAAAGAAAGAUAGAAAGAAAAGCAAUGGCGAAAGCAAUAUCAAGAAAUUAUCAACAAAUUCGGUAUCUCUGUCACUCCCUUGCUUCUUCCCAACAAUGGCAGCGUUCUUCAUUUCACACUCUUUCAAAUACUCUCAACACCAUCAAAUCUUUACCCCUUUCUCCAUUGGCUAUGCGUUUGGAUGGAUUGGAAAAUGGGUUGAUUUCUUACAGGUUUUUGUGCACCUCAAGCUCUAGUAAUCAAUCAAAUUCCGGGUUGGGUGGAUCCUCUACCGGAGCAAAUUCUGGAAAAAGCGAGAGCUCAGGUGGUUCUCAGAAGACUGAACAUGGAAAGGGAAAGUCUAUUCGGGGUAGUCCUGUUUCGUGGAUGAGCUUCUUUCUACUUGUUUGCACUGGAGCAGGAUUGGUUUACUAUUACGACAGGGAAAAGAGACGGCAUAUUGAAGAUAUCACCAAUGCUUCAACUUCGGUAAAGCAAGGACCUUCAGUAGGAAAAGCAGCCAUUGGUGGUCCAUUUAGUCUUAUUGACCAUAAUGGAAAACCAGUAACUGAGAAAGACUUCUUUGGCAAGUGGACAGUUGUAUAUUUUGGUUUCACUCACUGUCCAGAUAUAUGUCCCGAUGAGCUACAGAAACUCGCUGCUGCCGUUGAUAAAAUUAAGGAGAAGUCUGGAAUUCAAGUAGUACCUUUAUUUAUCUCAGUUGAUCCUGAAAGAGAUACGGUUGAGCAAGUAGGCGAAUAUGUUAAAGAGUUCCACCCAAACUUGAUUGGCCUCACUGGUACCCCAGAAGAGAUAAAGAAAACAGCACGUGCUUAUCGGGUUUACUAUAUGAAGACAGAAGAAGAAGGCUCAGAUUACCUUGUUGAUCACUCAAUAGUCAUGUACCUUAUGGAUCCUAAGAUGGAGUUUGUGAAGUUUUUUGGGAAGAACAACGACGUCGACAUGCUUACUGAUGGAAUAAUUAAGGAGAUAAAGCAAUACAAGCAAGCCAAGGCAUAAUACUCUUUAAAAGGUCUAGCUGUUGCUAGAGCAUUGAGCAUUGCAUUCGGUGGAAAAUUUGCGUACACAGUAAAGAAAUUUUGAGUACUUUAGGUCUUACAUGAUAUUUGACACAAAAAAAGAAGAAGAAGAAGACAUUCAGUUUCAUUAUUUUGAACAAAACUGUUGCAGUUUGAUGGUAUACCAUAAUCCUAAAUUUAGGAAUAGACUUGCUCUCUAAGGUAUUUGUUAGUUUACUGGCAUUACCCUUGGCAACUAAGCAAACGCUGUUGUCCUCAAUAAAAAUAUAUGGUUGAAUAAUA